GGUCACAGGUGCCGUAUUUGUAGCGGAAGCGAAGAUGGCUGCUGCGAGGAACGGGAAGAGCGGGCUGCUGGAGAAAUGGAGGAUCGAUGAGAAGCCGGUGAAGAUCGAUAAAUGGGACGGAGCCGCCGUGAAGAACUCUCUGGACGACGCCGCCAAGAAGGUGCUGCUGGAGAAGUACGGCUACGUGGAGAACUUCCAGCUGGUGGACGGCCGGCUGCUCAUCUGCACCGUGUCCUGCCUGUUCGCCAUGCUGGCGCUGGUCUGGGACUACCUGCACCCGUUUCCCGAGUCCAGACCGGUUCUGGCCUGCUGCGUCAUCUCGUACUUCAUCAUGAUGGGCAUCCUGACGCUCUACACGUCCUACAAGGAGAAGAACAUCUUCCUGGUGGCGCUGCAGAAGGACCCGGCCGGGAUGGACCCGGACCACGUCUGGCAGCUUUCUUCGUCCCUCAAACGGUUCGACGACCAGUACACCCUCAGAGUCUCCUUCACCGACGGCAAGUCGAGGAACACGAGGGAGGCCGAGUUCACCAAGUCGGUGUCGGCGUUCUUCGACGAGAACGGGACUCUGGUGAUGGACCAGUUUGAGAAGAGCGUCUCCAAACUGCACGACACUCUGGCCACGGACAAGAAAACCAAAUAAAGAACCGGCCGGAGGCUCGACGGCAUCGGUUCGGUUCAGACUCUGACGGAGUUCCUUCGUUUCGGUCGGUUCGUUGGUUUCAGUUCGAUCCGGCGAGCGGUCGGUUGUUUUCGUUAAGCUUCACGGUAAAUCUUUAAUUUCGACUAAUGACACAAAGUUUAGGCAACUUUCAGAACAAAUGAUCUGUGACAUCAUCAAUCAGUGACGCAUGACCAGAUGACAGGGUUUGAUAAGCAGAUGUUGUUCUACAGGCUCACACAGAUGUUUGUGUACAGAAGCUGUUUUUAUAUACGUUGUUCAGACAUUAUUAACCGUCCCAGAAGUCUUUGUCAUGGUCCUGUUGCUGCUAAACUCCCACAAUGCUCUCUGCUGCCACCAUGAGCUGUAGUCUGA